AUGAUGGGACACUAUAACGCAGUUGAACACGAUAUACCGGCGUUACAAACGUUUGCGUCAAACUAUAGACCUAUUCACGGAUACCUAGCUGCAAUAGUAUGCGUGUUAGGUGUCCUAGCCAAUAUUCUUAACAUUAUUGUUCUCACCAGGAAAAACAUGAUAUCCUCGACAAAUAUUAUUCUUACGGGACUUGCGAUUUCCGACGGGCUAACAAUGGCUUUCUAUUUGCCUUUCGCUCUCCAAAUGUAUGUUAUUUACGGAUCAAUCACGUCAGCAGAACGCGAUACAAUACAUACCGCUCGAUACACGCUGACGUAUGCCAUUGCUAGCGUUGUACUGCAUUCGAUUUCAAUUUGGCUGACCGUAACACUUGCCGUUUUCCGGUAUGUUAUUGUCCGCUUUCCACGUAUAGGGGCACAGUACUGCAGUAAACAAAAGGCAAAAACAGCCGUUGUCGCCGUUGCUGUUAUUAUAACUAUAGUUUGUAUCCCGAAUUCAAUUUCAUAUGAAUUCAGAAGCAGAAGCGAUCAAAUCCAAUCGUCCAACACUUCGCAAACGGGCGGCACGAUUUGGUUUAUUGAUGUGCGAAACGGCACAUAUGCAGAUGUCGUAUUAGCGAAAUUCAACUUUUGGAUUCAGGCGGUGAUUGUGAAGCUUCUCCCGUGUUUUCUUUUGACUGUGUUUAGCAUCCUGCUGGUUCGCACAAUGCAGGACGCAGAGAAACGUCGGAAGAAGAUGAUGACUAAACGAUCAGUAGCUGAUGGUGAAACCGAACCAAUCGGUUCUGGUACGACGUCAAAACGGGCUCGACAGUCGCAAAGAACAACGCGGAUGCUUGUUACAGUGGUCAUCCUGUUUCUGUUAACUGAAAUACCGCAAGGCAUAAUGAACCUUCUCAGCGGGGUAAUUGAAGACUUCUUUCACCUUAUCUAUACUCCACUUGGCGACCUUUUAGACAUUCUUGCCUUGAUAAAUAACGGAAUUAACUUUGUACUUUACUGUUCUAUGAGCAAACAAUUCCGGGAUACGUUUUUAUCUAUAGUGUGUGGAUGUUUUCCAAAAAUGGCCGAGAGACGAAAGAUGCAGACUUUACCUACGUCUAUGGUGACAGAAGGUUUAUAG